AUGGCGUCACCACAGCCUCCCGCACCCUUCGGGAGUGGUGCUGUGUCACAGACAUCGGCGCGCCUGAUGAAUCAACGCCUCGAAGACUCCAUGACCGAAGAAGGAUCACAGAAGGAUAGCGGUGAUAUCGGUGAUAUCGACGACUCUGCCACUCCCGUCACGGCGGACGAGAUUGAGGAGAUGCGCCACAAGGAAAUCACUGCACUUGCCCGGACUUUCUCACAGCUGUCGAACAAAGAUUACACGGAAAAGGGUGAGCCCCACCAAGAGGGGAUCAACACUUUCCUGGAAACCGAGCAGGACCCUGAAUUGAACCCCAAUGAUGCGGAUAAUUUCAACUCCCGCAAGUGGGCCAAGAACUUUCUCCAGAUGACCUUGCGUGAUCCGGACCGGUACCCGCGUCGCUCGGCAGGUGUCUCGUUUCGCAACUUGAACGUCUUUGGGUAUGGCACGGCUGCCGACUACCAGACCAACUUUGGCAAUGCUUGGCUGAAGAUGGCCAGUUGGGUCCAGGGUCAGUUGGGGUUGCGCGAGAAGAAGCGCAUUGAUAUCUUGAGGAACUUUGAAGGAAUCGUGCAUGAGGGUGAGAUGUUGGUGGUUCUGGGUCGUCCUGGAAGUGGAUGCUCCACGUUCCUGCGAACAAUCGCUGGUGAAACUCAUGGUCUGUUCCUCGCUGACGGUUCAGAUAUCGAAUAUGAGGGCAUCUCAUGGGAUCACAUGCAUGGACGAUUCCGUGGUGAAGUGAUCUACCAGGCAGAGACGGAGAUUCACUUCCCCAUGUUGACAGCCGGAGAGACUCUGCUGUUUGCUGCCCAGGCCCGCGCCCCGAGCAAUCGCCUUCCAGGAGUCAGCCGUGAUCAGUAUGCGGAGCACAUGCGCGAUGUUGUGAUGGCCAUGCUUGGCCUGUCCCACACCAUGAAUACCAAGGUCGGCAAUGAGUUCAUUCGUGGAGUAUCUGGAGGCGAGCGCAAGCGUGUGAGUAUUGCAGAGACUACCCUCUGUGGUAGUCCCUUGCAGUGCUGGGACAACAGUACUCGUGGCCUGGAUAGUUCGACGGCCCUGGAGUUCGUCAAGAACAUUCGUUUGUCGACUGAAUACAGUGGAUCCACCGCUGUUGUAGCCAUCUAUCAGGCUAGUCAGUCCAUUUAUGACAUCUUCGACAAGGCCAUCGUGCUCUACGAGGGCCGCCAAAUCUACUUUGGCAGGGCUGAUGAUGCUCGGCGCUUCUUCAUCGACAUGGGCUUCUACUGCCCUGAUCGACAAACCACUGCAGACUUCCUGACAUCCCUUACUAGUCCAUCCGAGCGACGAGUUCGUGAUGGCUUUGAGGGUCUUGUCCCACGGACUCCCGAUGAGUUUGCAGCUCGCUGGAGAGAGAGUGCUGAACGAGAGCAGCUCUUGCAGGAGAUCCAGAAUAGCCGUGAUCACCAUCCGGUUGAUGGAGAAAAGUUCGAUAGCUUCAAUCGCUCUCGUGCUGCAGAGAAAGCCAAGGGGACUCGUGUCCAAUCACCUUACACCCUUUCGUAUCCGAUGCAGGUCAAGCUUUGCCUGUGGCGUGGCUUCCUGCGGCUCAAGGGCGAUAUGAGCAUGACCAUAGCAUCGGUCAUUGGUAAUACUGUUAUGGGCAUUAUUAUCUCCACCGUUUUCCUCGACUUGCCAAGCAAUACAGGUAGCUUCUUCCAGCGUGGUGCCCUGCUCUUCUUCGCUAUCCUCUUGAACGCGUUUGCCAGUUCCCUGGAAAUUCUGACCCUCUGGCAACAACGACCCAUCGUCGAGAAGCAUUACAAAUAUGCGCUGUACCACCCCUCUGCCGAAGCGAUCAGCUCGUAUAUCGUGGAGAUGCCAUCCAAGGUCCUGGUUGCGGUCACGUUCAACAUCAUCAUCUACUUCAUCCCGCAUCUCCGUCGUACGGCCGGCCACUUCUUCGUCUUCUUCCUAUUCUCCUUCACCACCACCCUCGUGAUGUCAAACCUCUUCCGCACGAUCGGCGCAGGUUCCCGCUCCAUGGCCCAGGCAAUGGUUCCGUCAUCAAUCUUCAUGAUGAUUCUUGUCAUCUACACCGGCUUUACUAUUCCAGUCAGAGACAUGCACCCUUGGUUCCGGUGGCUUAACUAUCUGAAUCCGAUUGCUUACGCUUUCGAAUCCCUGAUGAUCAACGAAUUCAGUGGUCGCCGCUUCCCAUGCUCGGAAUAUGUUCCCGGUGGUCCACUCUACGCAAAUGCCCCCCUCAGCAACAAGAUCUGCUCGCAGAAAGGCGCAGUUGCCGGUCAGGAUUUCAUCGAUGGCGAUGCCUACAUCAAUACCACCUUCCGCUACUACAAGGAGCAUCUGUGGCGAAACUUUGGUAUCCUUUGUGGUUUCUUUGUUGCGUUCCUCAUCGCCUACAUCGUCUCUAGUGAGUACAUCCGGGCUCAGCCAUCCAAGGGUGAGAUCCUGGUGUUCCCUCGUGGUAAGAUCCCGGCUUUUGCGAAGAAGGUCCGCCAAGACGACGACCCGGAAGAAGCGACACAAGGAGAGAAGCAGGAGGUUGUGGGAGAGGCUCAAGAUCUAGCUGUGCAAAGCGCUGCCCUUGCCAAGCAAACUGCCAUCUUCCACUGGGAGAAUGUCUGCUAUGACAUCAGGAUCAAAGGAACGCCUCGACGGAUUCUCGAUAGUGUCGAUGGAUGGGUGAAGCCGGGUACGCUGACUGCAUUGAUGGGUGUGACGGGUGCUGGUAAAACGUCGUUGCUGGAUGUACUGGCCAAUCGAAUUACGAUGGGUGUCAUCACUGGAGAGAUGUUGGUUGACGGUCGCCCUCGCGAUGACUCUUUCCAACGGAAGACAGGAUACGUCCAACAGCAGGAUCUGCACCUCGAAACCAGCACUGUCCGCGAGGCCCUCAUGUUCAGUGCGCUGCUUCGUCAGCCUCACAGCAUUCCACGCGAGGAAAAGCUUGCCUAUGUGGAGGAGGUUAUUCGCAUGCUGGAGAUGGAGGCCUACGCUGAAGCCGUCGUGGGUGUUCUGGGAACUGGCCUGAACGUCGAGCAGCGCAAACGCCUGACCAUCGGUGUGGAGCUCGCUGCUAAGCCGGACCUGCUACUCUUCUUCGAUGAGCCCACCUCGGGUCUUGACAGUCAAACCGCCUGGUCAAUCUGUAGCUUGAUGCGAAAACUGGCAGACCAUGGACAAGCCGUUCUGUGCACCAUCCACCAGCCCUCUGCCAUGCUGAUGCAGCAGUUUGAUCGCUUGCUGUUCUUGGCCAGAGGUGGCCGGACCGUGUACUUUGGAGAUCUAGGCACUAACAUGCAGACCCUGAUCAAGUAUUUCGAGGACAAGGGAUCGAUCAAGUGUCCCGAGAAUGCCAAUCCCGCGGAAUGGAUGCUUGAGGUGAUUGGUGCUGCACCUGGAUCUCAUGCAGACCGUGAUUGGGCAGAAGUAUGGACCGAAAGUCCAGAGCGUGCUCAGGUGCGAGCAGAUCUGGCAGAGAUGAAGGCCGAGCUUUCGCAGAAGCCAGUUCCCGAAGCUACCACUGGUUAUGGAGAGUUUGCGACACCUAUUUGGUACCAGUUCCUUGUUUGCAUUCAGCGCAUGUUCCAGCAGUACUACCGCAGCCCUGGAUACCUGUAUUCCAAGACCGCCAUGUGUGUGUUCCCGCCACUCUUCAUCGGUUUCACAUUCUGGAAGAUGCCCAACAGUCUUCAGGGAUUACAGAACCAGAUGUUUGCCAUCUUCAUGCUGCUGAUCAUCUUCCCGAAUUUGGUCCAGCAGAUGAUGCCCAGUUUCGUGACCCAGCGAGCAUUGUAUGAAGUGCGCGAGCGACCGUCCAAGGCAUACUCAUGGAAGGCAUUUAUGCUGGCCAGUAUCUUUGUGGAACUGCCCUGGAAUAUCAUCAUGUCGGUACCCGUGUACUUCUCCUGGUACUAUCCGAUCGGGCUCUAUCGGAAUGCGCCGCCUGGCCAGGUGACAUCACGCGGUGGCACGAUGUUCCUGUUGAUUCUCAUCUUCUUGAUGUUCAGCUCGACCUUCAGUUCGAUGAUGAUUGCGGGAAUCGAGCAGCCGGAGACUGGUAGUAACCUAGCACAGUUGCUAUUCUCCCUGUGCCUGGUGUUUAACGGUGUCCUGGCGAGUCCCUCGGCCUUACCACGCUUCUGGAUUUUCAUGUACCGGGUCUCGCCGUUUACGUAUCUCGUGUCGGCGGUGCUCUCUACAGGAUUAUCGGGCGGCAAAGCUGAAUGCUCCAGCAUUGAGCUCCUCACGGUUGAUCCGCCCAGUGGUCAGAACUGCUCUGCUUAUUUGGAUAAGUAUGUCGACCUAUACCAGGCGAACCUGCUGAAUCCGGAGGCGACCUCGGGCUGUGAAAUCUGCUCGAUCCGGUCGACUGAUGCCUUCCUGGCUCAGUUGAGCAUCAAGUUCUCCGACCACUGGCGGAAUGUGGGGUUGCUCUUUGUGUAUGUGGGCUUCAACAUUGCGAUGGCCCUGUUGCUGUACUGGCUGAUCCGCGUACCGAAGAAGUGGUCACGUAAGGUGAGGACGGAGUGA